AUGGCGGAGGAGGUAUGGGUGGGCUCCUGGAGGCCCCAUCGUCCCCGGGGGCCCAUCAUGGCCCUCUACAGCAGCCCUGGACCCAAGUACCUGAUUCCACCCACCACGGGCUUUGUGAAGCACACGCCCACCAAGCUGCGUGCACCAGCCUACAGCUUCCGCGGGGCUCCCAUGCUCCUGGCAGAGAGCUGCUCCCCAGGGCCCCGCUACAGCGUGAACCCCAAGAUACUGAGGACUGGCAAGGACCUCGGCCCCGCCUACUCCAUCCUGGGGCGCUACCACACAAAGACCACACUGACCCCCGGCCCUGGCGACUACUUUCCAGAGAAAUCUACCAAGCACGUGUUCGACUCGGCGCCCAGCCACUCCAUUUCUGCCCGAACCAAGACCUUCCGAGUGGACAGCACCCCAGGCCCCGCAGCCUACAUGUUGCCCAUGGUGAUGGGCCCCCACACCGUCGGCAAGGUCUCCCAGCCCUCUUUCUCCAUCAAGGGCCGCAGCAAGCUGGGCAGCUUCAGCGACGACCUGCACAAGACCCCAGGUCCCGCAGCCUACCACCAGACUGACGUGCAGGUGACUAAGUUCAAGGCUCCACAGUAUACCAUGGCUGCCCGGGUGGAGCCUCCAGGGGACAAGACCCUAAAGCCAGGACCAGGAGCCCACAGCCCCGAGAAGGUGACGAUGACCAGGCCCUGCGCCCCUGUUGUCUCCUUCGGCAUCAAACACUCUGACUACAUGACGCCCCUGGUCGUGGAUGUGGACUAGCCCCGACCCCACCCCCACGCUGGAAGCCUCUGCAC